AUGUCAAUAGAGAUAAAGAAAGAGAAAGAGAAAGAGAAAGAGAAAGAGAAAGAGAAAGAGAAAGAGAAAGAGAAAGAGAAAGAGAAAGAGAAAGAGAAAGAGAAAGAGAAAGAGAAAGAGAAAGAGAAAGAGAAAGAGAAAGAGAAAGAGAAAGAGAAAGAGAAAGAGAAAGAGAGAGAUAGAGAUAGAGAUAGAGAUAGAGAUAGAGAUAGAGAUAGAGAUAGAGAUAGAGAUAGAGAU